CAGUGAAUCGAUAAAUGCAAUCAUGAAGUGAUUGACAAACAAAUGACAGUCCAUUUUCAGCAAACAAAUGAGUGAUUAUUUGCUAAUUUUGUCAUUCAGUUUGUGAACCAAACCACACAUACAUUCAACUCAUUUGUGUUGAUAUGUGUGUCAAUUGAUCCCAUAAUCAAAAGGACGGCAAAAGUGAUAAAUAAUGGCUAAUAAUGUGGUCUCCAUUUCCGACCAUAAGAGUCAAAAGCCUUCAAGCAGUGCAUUCAAGCAGCAGAAGCUGCCCUCGUGGUCACCCAUCCUGACAGUGGGCACAGUAUUGCCCACAUUCUUCCUCAUCGGUGUCGCAUUCAUUCCCAUCGGAAUCGGUCUAUUAGUCUCAUCUAAUCAGGUCCAAGAGUUUGAGUUGAAUUACACGGCAUGUGAGCAGUACGUGGAGGGCGUGGCCGCUAAUGAGCCGAAGAAACGGUGCUCUGAAGUGGUGGCCCAGAACUGGAACCAGACGUGCAUUUGUCACAUCAACUUCACUCUCGAGGAGGACUUUCGUAGAGAUGUCUACAUUUACUACGGAUUAACUAAUUUCUAUCAAAACCACAGACGAUAUGUUAAGUCUAGGGACGACCGGCAACUGUUGGGAGAGAUCAAGGGGUCGACUGAAUGCGCGCCCUUUGAUAAUGAUAAGUCCGUCGACAAGUGGUACGCCCCGUGCGGUGCCAUCGCUAACAGCAUAUUCAACGACACGUUUAAAAUACAGCGAUAUUUCGAUAAGACGACCCCCAAAACGAUUCCGACCACCGAUUUGGGCAUCGCGUGGGCCACCGAUAAGAACGCCAAGUUUCGUAACCCAAAGAUACCCGACGGACAGACGAACCUGUCGUACGCCUUCGCCGGCACCAUUCAUCCGCCCAAUUGGCAGAGGAAUGUAUGGCAACUCAAGCCAAGCGAACCCAUUAAUAACAAUAAUAACGGGUAUCUCAACGAGCGGUUCAUCGUAUGGAUGAGAACCGCUGCUUUGCCCACAUUUCGCAAACUAUACGCCCGGGUCUCGCACAACACCAACGAGAACGACAUCAGUUACCAUUCCUCUCUACCCAAAGGCAAUUACCUACUUGUCGUCGAAUACCACUUUCCAGUGGCCGCCUUUAAGGGGACCAAACGGCUCAUCAUUUCCAACACUUCAUGGCUCGGCGGCAAGAAUCCAUUCAUUGUGAUGUUGGCGAUGGACGAUGGGGGCCGAUGUCUACUUGAUGUGAUCGAUGACCCCCAGCUCUUGCAGUCCUUCCUCGAGAGCACCACCGGAGCCAUGGAAGCCAAUAUGGAGACCAUUGUCGGUGCUGUCGGUGCCGUCAAGCAAAUGGAUCCCAAACGCGACUCGAGGCAAGUGGAUCACGUGACCAGCUCUGGUGGCAACCACGAGCCACUCCUCAGUGUCAACAAACCAUCUUCUGGUCAGUUAGUCAUCGACGACAAGCAGACACUCAAUCUGGUCUCCUCUUCAGUCGGUCUCAUCCCCAUCACAGGCCUCUCCAACGCAGUCACCGCACAGCCAGCCCUCACCACUCUGUCGACAACCAAUCAGAUGCCACUGAGGACUACGGGGCCCGCCUGGACGCCCACCACCUUCCAGAUCGCCAACCCUAGAGGUGGGGCCCCUCUGACGGUGCAACUGCCGCAGCAAUUCAUAGUACCUCCCGGUAUGCAAAUGGGAGGCCCGCCUGGCCUUCAACAGCUGGUACUGACAGCUCCCCGUCACGGCGGACCUCACGGGCCGGGUAUACCUCCAGGCAUACAACCGGGUCAGUUGGUUCAGAUCAUACAGACUCCUUCGGGGCCACAGAUAUUGCCAACCAAUCCGACGGCAACCGUACAAUCGAUUGUCAGCACAAGUAGUACAACAAAGUCGUCGUCGACGACCAGUUCUUCGCGAUCUAACAAACAAAUACUACCCAAACCUCCCGGUUCUACAGUAUCGACAACCAGUUCAGUGACCACUAACAGUGCGAAUAAAUGCCAACAAUUAACACAACAAAACACUCUGAAAGUGAUCAAUAGUUUGCCCCCAAAUGCCACUCAGUUUACCUCGACAACGAUACCGACGAGUGGAGCGGGACCUCAAACUCAGCAAAUAUUGAUCGGUCCGGGGGGUCAACCGGCAGGUGUGAUAGCCGGACCUCAGGGCACCUUUCUGUUCAACCCUAUGAUGGGUGGCAUCGGUUCGCAACCCUUUCUCAUUCAGGGAAACCUCGCAAAUGUUCCCAAUUCUGUUCAGUUGACUCUUAGACCCAAUUCUUCGCACAGCUCUUCAGUGAUGACAAUGAGUAAUGGGUUGCCGUCUAAUAUGUCGGCGCCCGACGCCAACACCAAUAUAUUGAAUGCAUUGAAUGCUAAUGUGUCGAAACAAGGACCCACACAAUCACCACAACCUCAGACUUUUGUGAUACCAAACAACUCGACUGCUGUGAGUAGUGCUACGCAGGGAAUGGUGAUGACCAGUGCGGGCCGACCCGCUUCCAACAUCAUAUUCACGCGGCCCCCAUUCAUCGGAGGCCCACCUCAGGGCCAGCCGACUGGCCAACAGUUUCUACAGUUACAAACACCUAACGGACCCAUUCUGGUGGCCAUUCAAUCCCAACCGCAACUCUUAUCACAACCACAGACACCAACCUCACAACCAACACAUGGCUUUCAAUUGGGCAACACUAUGAUACCAAUCAGUGCGCCACACCUGUCCUCACACUUAGCACCAAAUCUCAACACAAGUAUCCAAACAGCAGCCGCACAUCCGGCACUUCACGCACUAUUGACUCAUAACGACAAUACGAGCGGCCAAACAGUAAUACAGACGUCUGUGCCAUCAGUGGUGACAUCGAAUACAGUGAUCUUCACAUCUCAGCCGCAAAUCAUAACUCGUCCGCAACUGCAACAGACGCAGAGCCAACAGUUCAAGAGCUCAGCGCCGUCACUGAAUUUGGCAGAACUGCUCAAAGAGCACGGCAUACUCCCCGAGUGCAGCCCUCCCUCAUCGCCCACUAACAACUCAUUGACUGAUAUAAACACAGGUGCUAUCCAUUCAGAGCUCAUUCACCCGACACAACAAUCGCAACAAACGGUGCUUAUGGUGCCGAGUGGUCCCAACCAACCGCCCAAUAUUGUAUUGACUCAAAGCCCAAUUACGCCGACAGCUCCGCCCCAACUCAGACUAGCAUUAGGUCCCGACGGAAGUGUUAUACUUCAGCCACACAUCACCGCAAACACUAAUGGCUUAGUUUCACAAAUUCAGUCACAAUUCAUCUCUAAUUCUAAUUUGAAAUUUAAUGACCCCUCGAAAGACUCGAGUGGUUUGGGAUCAUCACAACCAUCUCCCGACUCGACCACUCCCAGCAUCGACACGACGUCUACUUCAUCGACCAAUGGCACCGUCAGCCUAACGACGACAACGACAACAACGGCGGCGUCGACGAUGGCUCAGAACACGAGCACCUCUUCUGCCUUAUUGGAACAGUUGAAUACAGGGCCGGCCGUUAAAGUCCCUGAUUUGGUGGCAUCUCUAGCCCUCUCUCAUAGCUCUUCUACCGGUGCGGCCGUCAGUGAAGACUCAAAACCAAUUCAAUCACAAACAGCUUUAAUUCCAUUAACCGUUCAAAACAUAAACAAUAGUUUAGAUCAACAAAAGCAGACAAUUCUUACAAUUCCUGUUCAGAGUGGAGACAAUGGUGUGGUUCCGGUUGUCUCGAAUGGAUCUUCCAAUGCUGUGAUCAGAAUCGGUAGCUGUGAUACAAUUCCCACUUCAUUAGUGUUGACCACAACACCUACCACUGUGUUCGCUAGUCCUCCCAAGACUCAGACCCUAACCACGGGUUCCAUCGCCACUGUGCUCUCACCCAUCACUUGUACAAACAGUAACAGCACCGGCAGUGUUAGUGUCACCGGAACAACCACUACAGUCAUUGACCAGAACGGAGUGCCUAUGAUUCAAGUGAGUCCUAACAAUCAGGAAUUCCUGCAACGGCUCGAAACCCAACUAAAGAGUCUAUUAGUGCUUAAAUCGCCGACAAAUCAACAAAAAGAACUUUUGCAGGAAUUGCUGUCUUUGCAGCAGAAGAUGAAUGUCGCCAGAAGUAAGACCACUUCAGACGACCAAAAGGUGGUCCUCACCACUGCAUCCACGCAACAGGUAUUGCAGUCGACGCCCGGUCAUCAAUCGAUUCAAAGUCAAUCCGAUUGCCAAUCACAGCAACAAACGCCACAAAAUAUGCAUUUAAUGAAUCUACUUAAGCAAACACCCGUCCCCGUCAACCAUACCUCCAGCCCUCAAAUCCGUCUUCUCACGCCCGUCAGUGCGGCGCCCGUUAACGGGACGGCCACUAUUCAGGUGGGUAAUCAACUCAUCACUUUCACCACUCCUGUCAAACAACAGUUGCAAAACUUGAAAUCCAUUGCUUCCAAUCAAAUCGUUACCAAACCACAAUUAUCAACACAGACUCCUGCAGUCAUACUCCGGUAUCAUACCCCAACGCCAACUACUACUUCGACAUUUGUCACCACUUCGACCACAACUAAGACAUCAAUCAUUAAGAAUGACUUGCAUUUAGACAAAGAGCGACGAAAUGCCAAAGUUUUAAAAUCUAUUCAACAACAGCUAAAUGUCGACCAAAACGCAGCCCUAAAACCUGACACCAAAAGACCAUUUAAUUCGAGAGACGACGCCUGCAAACGAUUGCUUCGAUACCAUGUCUUCAACGCUCCCGUAAUGAGUACUUCAGAUAUGGAUAAAAGCGAUCAAUUGUUUGAAAAGGUUUCACAACAUUUGUUGCAAAAGAAACAGCAGUUAUUCGACAAGUUUAGAGUUCUCUUACUAAAGCAGAGUAUGAAAGAAACCAAUUCUGCCGAACAUGUAAUGAUUGACCGAAUGUUUAUAAACGACGAAAUGAAUUCACUUAAAACGGACAGAGAAACGGUAGCCGAAGGAAAAUCCCUAGACCUUCCGCCGGCGCCGCAGUCCUGGUAUCAAAUGAUUCGCUCGUCUAUAGAAGAGGAACAGAAAUUAUAUAUAAAUAGGAAACGAAAGUCUUCGAUAGGAAGUGAUGACGAUUAUAACCAUCAUAACAGCCAAAUGAGACGACACGAAGAACCCGUCGAAGAGUCUGAUGAGUCUGAAGAUGACGACGAAGACAGUGAUGAAGACGAGACCGAAGAGAAGGACGAAACCAUUUCCAACUUUCUUCAGUCGACGUCUGAAACGAAUUUAGGAAAUGUAAGCCAUUAUUACGACAACUAUCACAACAAUAUUCACAUUCAAAACGGAUCCCAACUCGAGAGUCAAAGUCAUGUGCCUUUAAGUGGUUUUGUCGACACAACUCAACAGCACAAUGAGCUCGACAUCUACUCUGACAUUAACGAAGACAAUGGCGCUCAAGACUGGACUGAUUCCAUACUUAAUAACAACUCAUCCGCCAACAGAAGGAUUGCAUGGAAUCACAGCAUUCUGGAUAUGCCUUCAGUGCAGUCACAGUCGCAUCCAUCCCAUGGAUCCCAUAACUCAUACGCCUUUCACUCUCAUAACACACACACCACUCAUCAGUCACUUCAUCCACAUAUGACUGACUACCGAAACAUGGAUUACUCACACAUGGCUGGUAUGCACGACCAGAGGAGACAGGAGGCCAUACUUAGGCCGUACGGUCAGCACUCGGCCGGUGUGAACGACCCUAUUCUCGACGAAGCCGUUAAGAGUAUUCUCUCUUGA